AACCGCUGUCGGACUAUUCUACUUGGAACCACGUGCGAGGUUAUGUUAACCUAUAGUUAGUUAAGUUUUAAUGCCAGAAAUAUGGCACAGCAAAAAAUUGUGCCCUGUAACGUGGUUGCUGUCUAUCAACCUUAUCUUCAAAGGAAUGUCGAUGUUCUGGGGGAUGCUUUUACAUGGUACAUAUCUUUAAUCCAUAAGCCAUAUGUAGCCCCUGCGGAGCCCCAAGUUGUCGAAGAGGAAAAGGACGAUUUGUCGGAACAAGAGAUAGUGUUUGAAGAUGAUGUCGAUUAUUUGCGAAGCCUGGACCCUAAAGAAUGGAAAGAUCAAGACCACUAUGCCGUUUUAGGUAUCAAAAACCUUAGGAUAAAAGCCACCGAUGAUAUUAUCAAACGCGCUUACAGGAAAAAAGUAUUAAAACACCACCCCGACAAACGAAAGGGACAAGGUGAAGAAAUCAGGCCGGACGACGACUAUUUCACUUGCAUUACUCGGGCUUAUGAAAUCCUUGGCACUCCAAUCAAACGUAGAUCCUACGACUCUGUAGAUCCUGAAUUCGACGACUCUCUCCCUACGGCUAGUGAAAUUAAACAGGACUUCUACAAAGUCUUCAACAAGUAUUUCAAAUUAAACGCUAGAUGGUCCGAGAAGAAAAAUGUACCACCAUUAGGUAAUGCUAAUACAAGCAGACAAGAAGUGGAGAAGUUUUAUUUUUGGUAUAAUUUUGAAUCUUGGAGGGAAUUUUCUUACAAUGGAGAAGAGAAGGAGCGUGGACAGGAUCGAGAGGAGAGGCGGUGGAUUGAGAAACAAAACAAAGCUGUGAGGGCGAAGAAAAAGAAGGAGGAGAUGGCCAGGAUACGAUCUCUGGUCGAUAUGGCUUAUAAUAAUGAUCCGAGGAUAGCUAAGUUUAAACAGGAGGAGAAGGAUAGGAAAUUGGCUGCUAAACGAGCAAAACAGAGUCCCAGUUAG